AUGACUAGUCUAGAUGACACUGUUUUAACCAAGAAAAAUUUAGCUUUGUUGGACAAUGCUACCAACUACACGCGUCCCGCCCUGGAUUAUUUCCACUAUGCAUUUAACUAUGAUAAUUUGGAUGUCUCCACCACAUGGCGGUUGCUGAUAAAAAUGCGCAAGCAUAGAUUGCUGCGAUUACCCAGUUGUUCCUCUGAAAACGAGAUCGACUAUAAUAUAUAUAUGGCUAGGCUGCAUCAUUGCAUGUGGAGACGUUGGUCCAUACACCAGUUCAAGCUGGAUGAUUUAAAAAUUGAUCCGCUGAGUAUAAACUGGAAGAAGGAAAUAGACGUUACUCUCCUUUACGGCCCGGACUUGGCUGAAGUAAAUGAGAGAGAACAAGCUUCUUCACCAAGUGUUUCUGUAAACGAUACAAGCCGGCAACAAAAGCAUUAUAGAAACACAGAAAGGCACAGGAAUGGUUCGUCCUCAUCAUUUCAAACAAAGGUGUUUGCCGUAAAAGGUAAACCGUCCCCUCAGCGGACAAUAUCGUUCGACGAGACCGUCAAUAGGCGAGACAUUGAUAAACGUGGGAGAUUUCAUGAAUCGUGUAGUCUCAUAAACGAUAGAAAUCCGUUUCAAGAUUACUCUAUUGUUUGGGACGAAAGAACACAUCGCUACCAUCGUCGAGCACACACAGAUGCGAACGAUUACAAUCAUAUCCGUUCCACCGAUAAUGAAAUUCCCCGGAACGCGUCUUUCGAUAACACAAUAAUUCAACAAAACCUGCAUAGCAUCACGGAGGGCUCCUAUAUCUAUAUAAAGUGA